GAUAAUAGACUAGACUAGUAUCUAUAGACAUUAGUCACAUUAGAUAACAGUCUGAUAUAAAUCUAUUGUCUAGGAUAGAGCUACAUUAAGUAGUUCAACUGACUACUAUCUAGGCCUAACUUCCUAAGCAAAAUUUGAAAUAAAAUAAAUUAUGUGCCAGGGUUGUGUAAAAGAAGAGUUUCCAGACAGGGAAUCUCUAUGCAUUGAUCAAGGCUCUUACAUGUUGAAUUUUAGCAAAUGUUGCAAUUGUGGAGCUCGGGAUAUGAAAAUAGCCAACAGAUCCUGUGUAGACUCUGAGCAAGAAGAAGUGAUCACUUACCAACAUGUGUGCGGCAGCUGUGAUCAUGUGAUAGCGGAACAUGAGCACACAUUUCGAGUGGAAGAAGAAUUUCAGCUCUAUGGAAUGUCUUGCUUACUGUGUGGCUCUGCUGAUGAUCAGAGGAGUAUUAUGCCCAUAGACCCCAGGGGACCUGCAAUGUAGACCUGGCUCAAUGUAUCAAACAUGAAGUGGAGAAAUCAUCCCUUACAGAUUAAACUACAUUGUAAUUCUGCCACAGAUAUACACAGAAUAACUUCAUUUACAAUUAUUGAGGCUUGUAACAGAAUAUUUAGUUUCAGAUGGUAGCAGAAUGGCUCAGUUUAGUUGUUUUUUUUUUCCCUUUUGUUUCUAUUAAACAUGUUACAAUUUAAGUUUAUAUAUUAGCGCUAGAAAAUCAAAACUUUGAAAGAAAAUCUAUAAGUUACAUUGAUUAUCACUUUUCAUACAACCUUGAACUUUUUAAAGCAAGCAAGGGAAAUUGAUACUGAUCAUCAUGUCUGCUGAUUUCAUGAUUGGCCGUGGACAGUUAACAGAGAAUACAACCCUAAAUCCUGCUUACAAUUUUAAUUAUGUAACUUUUGUUUUAUUCUUAUAAAUAUAGUUUUGUUUAUUGUAUUUUUUGUUUGUAAAAUGUUUUACAUGAUUUGAAUGCUCUUCAGAGUUGAAGGUAAUUAACUUCCUAGUCUAGGAUGAGGGGGGUGGGAGCGGGCGGGGUUUAAACCCAGGACCAUUGAUAAAUCCAAACAACAGUCCAGUGCACAAACUUCAUGACCAGGCAUCUUUAACGAUCAAUAAAUGCAAAGAUAUAUGUGCUGUUUUUCCGUUCUAUUUUCUCAUUGAAAGGUGGUAGGAAAAGUUGGUAGAAAGUCUGGAAAUUCCUUAAACUGAUGGUAAAGUUGAUAGGCUUAUAACACAAAUGUCGUGGCUUUGAUUCGCAUUCUGACCUUUUUUUUUUCAUUGAAGAUUCAAUCCAAUUUGAUCCGAUCAUAUCCAAUUCAAUUCUAUCCCUUCCAGUCCAAACAGACCCUAUCUUAUUUGAGUAGGAAUGUAGUUAAAACAUUUUUUUAUGUCACUUGUUUUUUUUUUUUCCAGUAACUUAAUUUUUAAACAUGAUGUUGAUUUUGUUCACAAUGUCUGUUCAUUUAAUUUAGUUACAACCUUUACUGUAAUAGUGCUAUAAGAGCAUGGAAUGGGUUGCCUGAGCUAGCCAGGAAAACCAGUGACUUAGCAGAAUUUAGAUCAUUGGUUAAUAUGCAUGACUAAAUGCAUGUAAUCAUCUUCUUCUUUGAAGUAACAUCUGUAUUCUAUAAGAUAGUUUACUGUAAUACUUUCAAUAUUCUGAUUUCAUGUCUUGUAUCCUAAUUCAUUCUGGGUUUUAAAUGUUUGACAUGUUUCAGAUGUUUAUUCAGAAUUGAAGAUAAUAUACUGCCUAGCCCAAAUCUUCCACGUAAUGACAGGGGAUGGCAGCGGGUGGGGUAUGAACCCAGGCCCAUCGAGACAACCAAUCAAUAGUCCAGCGUGCAUACCGCAUGACCAGACUGCCAUCCAAUGAACAGAAAUGAACAAAUUAAAUUUUGAAAUUACUGCCCAAAUGUUAUAAUUGGUUAAAAAAAAAUUUUCUGUG